CUGGUAAGCCUGCUACUGAUUGGAAUUGCGGCAUGGGGAAUCGGCUUUGGCCUCAUCUCUAGUUUCAGAGUUGUUGGAGUGGCAAUUGCAGUAGGAAUCUUCCUCUUCUUUAUUGCCUUAGUGGGAUUGAUUGGUGCCGUAAAACAUCAUCAAGUAUUGCUGUUCUUUUACAUGAUUAUUCUUUUGCUAGUCUUUAUUGUCCAGUUUUCUGUCUCCUGUGCCUGUUUGGCGCUAAACAAGGAACAGCAGAGUCAACUUCUAGAGGUGGGAUGGAAUAACACUAACAGCGCGAGAACAGAUAUUGAAAGAAAUCUGAAUUGUUGUGGAUUCAGAGUUUUUGAUCUGAAUGAAACCUGCUUCUCUGAUUGCUUUAGAAGUCACCAGUGUCAACCAUGUGCACCAAUAAUAGAAGAAUAUUCUGGAAUGGUGCUGAGAUUUGUUGGAGGCAUAGGACUCUUCUUCAGUUUCACAGAGAUUCUGGGAGUCUGGCUGACAUACAGAUACAGGAACCAAAAGGAUCCCCGUGCAAACCCUAGUGCAUUUCUUUGAGAUUUAUAAAGCACUGAAUCUCCUCUGUACUUUCUACUUCAAAAUACUGAUUCUGUGUAGUUUGGUAUUUCUCCGUAGUAUGGAUUCUACAUGUACCCAAAAGAAACCUUUUAUUUCCAUAAGAAAUUUGUUGUUUUCAUAUUUAAUUUUCCACUAUUUUUCUUCUAAGAAUCUUUAUCUUGAAGUAGAGUGGUGUAUUCAGUAGCUGGGCAGAGUCAAAUUGCUGCUUUGAGCAGGUUAAAUAACUCUGUUAAGACUUUGGUGGGAUUGAUCUGGUGAACUCUAUAAAGUAAGUUUUAUAGCACUACUGGCUUCUCUGGUGUCCCAAAAACCCCAGAAGUGUUUUCUGCUGUAUUUAUUGAUUACAAAGAUUCACAUGAUUUCUCAUUAAAAUGA